GGUCUCAAAGGCCCAGACACUGGGGCAUCCUCUCUCUCGACCACUGCGCAGAGACCCCUACUCAAGCACGAACUCAUACUCGGAGACAAGAACGAGAAUGUACCCGCCGGUGAGACCUACCACGGGAUCCCGCUCGACAGCGAACAAGUCGUCCGUAAGUCGGGAGGUAGCGUGUACAACGGCAUACGCCACGUGCCGAUCUGGGGCGGCAAAGCUUCUCCUGCGCACGACAACCGACCUCGAUUUGCCAGUAGAACUGGUAUCAAAUCGAUGAUUAUGUCUGGAAUCCGGUUGCUUAUAACGUACAGCCAUCCAUCAUAUCACAGUAGCAGGGCGUGCUUGGUGUUGGUCGGCACCUCCGAGGCUCAACCAGCGAAGUGCAGGAGAGUAGGCUUGAGGUAG